UGAUACUUGUUUGUUGUCAGCAAUGCUGCUUCGGCUGUCAAUAAAUUUAACAAAUUAGUUUAGGUUAUGAUUUGAAGUCUAGUUGCUGGAUUUUUAACAAAAUAUUGCCUUAAAGUUGUUCAGAAAUAAUGGAGAUGUUAACUAAUAAUCGUGGUAACCUCUCCGGCAACCAUGGUGGAACUUCUGUAAAUACAAAGCACAGAAUAUAUAUUACAUCACUGAAAAUCCAAGUCAAAAAUAAAAUGGAAACAUAAAACUAUGGAAAGACUACAAUUACAUAUCUUCCUCUGGAAUUCCUAAGUGCUUUUCCAAAAUUAUAAAAUCUUGUCUCACUUCUAUCCAAAUUCAGCUUUUCAGCUUCCGUAUUCAAAAAAUUAAUGGUUGCAGUAUGUUAAAAUCAUUGGAUUCUUUAUGGUGAAAUUAAAAUUGUCUUGACCCGUAACAAUGAUUCGCAUUCGUGCACUAAAUGAGGAGUCUUCGGACGACAGCGGAGAUGAAGAAGUGCAGACAGUUACAAAAGAAGCGCAGGAACAGGCAGCAUUCCAGGAGUACCACAAAGCUUUGCAAAUCAUAGCCGAUGAGAAGUAUGAGACUGCAAAAGAAAUUCUUGAAAAUUUAUUGCAGAGUAAUCUUAUGGCAGAGGUAAAGAAACCAGAGAACUCUGAAAUUUUUUCGCAACCUGUUGUUGCGCUGAAGUACUGUUGCUUGAAGAACAUGGGUAACGUGCUGGAACAUUUGGAUGACCUCAACGGCUCACUGGAUCACUACUUUAAGGCUGCAGAACUGGACGACAGUGAUGUGACCUUAUGGUACAGAACGGGAAUGGUAGCAGUGCGAGCUCUCGACUAUGAGACCGCUUGUGCAGCUUUUGAACAAGGCCUGAAGUGCAGCCCGCGCCACUGGCCGUGCCUGGAGAACAUGGUCGUGGGGCUGUUCGUGCUGGACAACUACCUGCCGUGCCUGACCUACAUCGGCCGCGGACUGGCGGAGGACCGGCACUUCCUGACCGGCCUGGCGCUGCGGGACUUCAUCCUCGGGGACUUCCCCGGCAUCGAGGCGUUCCACGCCAGCUACUGCAAGGAGUAUGAUUUACUCAUCGGCCAAGUAGAAUACAAUGUCGAGGAAGGGAAGAAAAUUGUGGAAGAAGCAUUGAGGCAGAAAAAAGCCCGCCAGGACAUGCUAGACAAAUUCAAGAUCCCGUUCGAGCUCAAAACCGUCGGUUUGUUGAAACCUCUGCCUUCCAAAACUUGGUUGGGCAUUGGUGAGUGUUUAGUACAGCUGCAUCAUCACAUCCUUGCAAACAGUGAGAACUUAGAAUAUUGUUGCCCAGUGGACAUGACUCUAGUUUGUAAUGAAUCAGAUAGUAAAAAGAAUGAUGCUGUUGAUGAACAAGUUGGUGGUGAAAAUCAGGAAGAAAAAGAAAGUAAUGUGCCUCCUGCUGAGACAGUAGGGGACAGUGACGAAACGAAGUCCAAGAAGCGACGGCGGAACGCCCUGAACUUCCUGGAGCAGUGGAUGUGGGGCGGGCAGCGACGCUCGGCCCGAGUGAGGUCGUCGAAUGUUCGGAAGGAAGUGGAGCGGGAGGAGUGCAACCUCGGCGAGGCCCUGCGACACCUGGUGCCGGUGGCGCUUCUUCCAAACACAACGAAAGAGGAAAAGAAAGAAACGGCCAACCACAAGUCAGGUGAAGAUUCGUCGGACACGAUGGAGCUGUACAGGAUGUUCCAGCGCAGGGAGAGCGGGGACGAGAAGAAGGACGCGGGAGGCAGGGCGUUGUCGCCCAGCUCGAAGGAAGAGCUGAGGAUUCUCCAGGAUGAAGGUUACUUCCUGGUGUCCGCAGAGUUCCCGUCUCCGUGCGAGGACGGCAGGCCGACCGCAGACGCGGCGGUCCCGAGUGCGGCAAACGUAACGGAGACGAAGAGCGACAAUCAGAACGCCGGCGACGGUGGCGUCUGCAGCGUGGACGGUGUUAGAAAGACAGCUGUGGAGGAGGAAGCGCUCGCACGUAAUCGAAACGAGACGGAUGGCGAUGAUCUACACGGUAAAGUCACAAAAAACUUGCAUCUGAAGUUUGGUGUCGAGAAAAAAGGCGCCAGUGUUGUCGGCCGUGACGAAGUUGAAGUGAUGGAAGGCCUCCCCGACUCGGUCGGUAAAAGUGCCGGUGGCGAUGUGAAAGAAACGGCUGACGGUAAGGACGGUUCGAAUGGUGAACUGAAGCUCGGAAGUUGCGGGGAGGUGUUGGAUGUGAAGCGGUACAUUGAAGAGCACAACAACAACAGCAUAGUUCAUCUUCUAAGUCAGUUGGUGAAUACCUUAAGUGGCAAGUGGUGCCUCAAGUGGCCAUCGAAACUCAUUGCGAUGUUCAUGAGUGCCUACGUGUUGAUGAGGAAAAAUGUAAGACAAUACUCAGUAUUUGAGAUAGAAGAUCCAGAGCAUUUCAAGAUCCUGGUUGACGAUGCUUGGACCACGUUACUCUACUUGGAGUUGUACCUCGACAAGUGGUUGGCUGAAAGUUACAGCGCUGGCCAGGAAUUCAAGAUGGCGGAUGUGGCAGAGGACAUUGGCCAGCUUAUGAUGAUGGCGGGACAGCGAAGCUUGUUUGGAGAAUCGUAUCUGAUGUUCGUGAUGCGAGUCUGGUGGCUGUUCUCGCAUGUCUACCUCGUGACGGGAGACAUUUUUGCUGCUGUGCGGUAUUUGGACGAGCUUGUGGAUUUUUUUACCGAAGACUGUAAAGAAAUAAAACUGCCCAACUGCAAAUUCUUCAAAUUGAUCAGUAAGGAUACAGUUACGAAAUUUCAGUCAGAAUUAAUGAGCAACCAGAGCCUGUGCAAGGCCCAGCAGCUGCACAGCGACCGGCGCUACGAGGAGCUGGCGGCGGUGCUCACCGACACCUUCCAGCCACACCAGCAGAAGGAGCACCAGCCAAGCCUGCUGGGCAUCCCGGCGCGGUGCAGCCCCACCGUGGACCGCCCCACGCAGAUGGCGCUGCUGCUCCACGCCCUGUGGCACCUGGGGCGGCACAAGGAGUGCUUCUACUGGGGUGAAGUAUGUUGCAACGAAGCAUUCCAGAAAUAUUUGAACUGUGAAGAAGGCGAGCAAAUGAAUUGGGCUUCCACCAUUGAGAAACUGUUAGCUGCGUUGGAAUCUUGCAUCACGAAGUGUGGUCUCUCUGUCAUGGACGACCUGGAGAAGGCGUCGCGCGUGGGCCGGCUGGUGCAGAACCUGACCCACAUGGUGUGCCACCAGAUGGAGGCGCCGGAGUCGGCCAUCGAGAUGCCCAUCGAGACGGUGCUGCCGUGGAUCCUCCUCCAGCAAGUGCUGCAGAGGUAUCAUGAAAAGAAAUUGCAAAAUAAUACUAAUGUUGAAAGCUACCCUACAGAAGUACCUGGUUAUAUUCAGGUCUUGUUUACAGCUCAUGAAUAUCUUGGCAAACGAUCUUGGUGCUGCAGCAACGAAGGGGCUCUGUUGUUGUACACGAUGGAGGUGCUUAUACCAAGACUGAAAGACGAGUCUCUCGCAGUGUUCAGGGACAGGCUGAAGCUGGGGCUUGAGCAAGCUUUCUACUGCUUGUAUGGGCAUCCGAACAGGAAGAACAAGCUAAAGCAUUUGCAAGACCACGGUGUACCACAGAUCGCACUUGACUGGGAGCAUGCACUGCAGCUGUUCCAGUUUUGCCAACCUGAGGACAUCCCAGAAUUUGAUUCAAAUAACAUUCCUUCCAUCUCAACGGACAUUGAACCUCUUUUCAAGCGAAUAAUUUCACUUGUUCCAGAUGACUGCAGUCCAGUGCCUCUCGUCGAAAAAAUGGGUCGUUACAUAGAUGGUACAAGUCCACAGGUCCCUGUGCUGGGGGACCAAAGCUCCAAACUACCACGCCAAGUUUCGAACAUCUACUAUCUCCUGGCUGACUUCUAUUUUAAGAAUAAUGAGUGGAGCAAAGCGAUUCGUCACUAUCUGCUUGACGUUUGUGUUAAUCCUCUGCGGCUGGAUUCGUGGGCUGGAAUGGCUCUUGCCAGAGGCAGUCUCUUGGAGAUGAAGUUAAAUUCAUGUGAGCCUUUGCGCAACGAAAGUGAGUUCUUGCGCCAAGCUGCGACAGCUCGUCGUUGUUUCCAACGGGCGCUCGAGAUCGAUCCAAAGCACUCUGUGUUGUGGAUCGAGUACGGCUCCUUCGUAUACAUGGUCCACUCGUUCUGCUCGAGAGUGCUGAAGCAGCAGGCUGUUAAUUUGAGUAUGGAGAUGUGGACGAUAAUCGAAAAACAAAAAGAAGAAAUGUUGGAUCUUGCUGUAAAGUGUUUUACAGAAGCUAAUAAGGUGUGGUUGACUCACGGCGAGGAGUGUGGUCUGCAGGACGAGCGAUGGUUACACCAUUACAUGCUCGGGAAAGUGGCGGAAAAGCGAGAAGAUAAUCCCUGCACAAGUCUUAACCAUUACGUCCAGUCGUGCAAGUACCUGAGCAGCAACAAGGCCAGCUUCGCCCUGAAGCUGAACUACAACAACCCCCCGUUCCUGGCGGUGGAGGUGCUGGAGGUGGUGUACCGCAUCCACGCCUGCAUCCUCAAGUACCUGGAGCAGCGCGAGGGGCAGGCGGUGCCCGGGAAGGUGCGGAGGUCGUUCGCCCGGCACCUGCAGGAGGUCGAGGCCGGGCCCUUCAUGGCCGCCGUCCGAGACAAGAAGUCUGACAGUGAAGAAGAAAGCAGAAAGAGAUCAGCUUCAGAUGCGCUGUUUUCUGGCUUGGAAAAUUUAGAGUUCAGCCAACCUUUUUGUGGAUCCUUACCACUGGAUGUACAGAUAAUAACAGAUGUGAUAGAAGUCAUGGAAAACUUGAUCAGCAGAGUCGCAGCAAUGACAUCAGGCAGCACAAAAGAGAACACAGAAGUGAAAUCCGGUGCCCCUGGAGCUCCGGUUAGGAAUGAAGCGCAGAUUGCAGAAGAAAAAGACGGCGUCCAGGCGAAACUGAAGUUGAAACCCCUGAAGGAGUUGCUGGAGGGCAGGGCCGCAGCCUCGGUUCAAGAUGGUGGCAGGCAGGACUGCGGGAACAAGGACGACGCUCCUGCGUUGAGAGGUGAGGCGGCUGACGGCGUGGGGAAGAACAGUCAGGGCGAUGCAGCGGAGAACACAGAGAGAGACGGGAACCCCAAAGCAGCGGAGGCGAAACAGGACGGGUACCCGGCAGCGGACGGCGGUGCGACGAGGUCCCUCGGGAAGGAGGAGGGCGACGCGGAAAAGAUGGAGGUGGACUCCGCCGGCAAGGGCAGCAAGGAUCCCGCCCGGCGGGGCUCGCGCGAAGGCUCCGCCACGACGGGCACCACGACGGAGACGUCGAGCGACAACUCCUCCAGCAGCAGCAGCGACGAAUCCUCGUCCAGCGAGGACUCGAGCGAUUCCUCGACAAGCAGCAAGUCCGACGACUCCAGCGACUCGGGCAGCGAAGCCGGCUUCAAGCCGAACAGCACUGUCGUCGAGCGGAAGAAGGCAAGGAGCAGCGCACGCGCAAGUGGUGAGCCCAACAAGGAUGAAGAAAACGAAAGUGAUGAUAGCGAUCACGAUACAGACGAUAAAGAUCACUACAAGCUUAUUAACAAAUGCUUGAUAAUGCUAGAGGAAUGCGUUGUACGAUUUCCUCAGCAUUAUAAGUCAGUUUAUCGACUUUCUCAUUACUACUUCUACUCCAAGUUCCACCGGAAUGUGCAAAAGUGCCGAGACCUUCUGUUGGGGACCCACAAAUGUCUUCCGUUUCCCAGCAGGUACACCAGUACCACUGUACAAGGCCUUUUUCUGGAACGCAAAAAUAACAACUUUUUUAAUGGUAUCUGGCGUAUCCCGUCCUCGGAAAUCGACCGGCCGGGUAGUUUUGCGUCUCACAUGAGCCGGUGCAUGACACUCCUCAUGGAGAUCCUCCGGGAGCAGAAAGAUCAGAAGCUGCUCAUGGAGCUUGCCGUGCAGUUAAGCAGAAUCCCGGAAGCAGACAAGAAGUACCUGCGUGACGGGGAGCGCGAGCAGCUGUCCCGCCAGGCGCUCACGCUGUGCCAGCAGUCCGUGCGCGCCAAGCUGCACCAGGCGGGCGAGGCCGUCGGCUCCCCCCUGCUCCUGGAGGUGUUCCACUGCUACCAACGCGUGCAGAAGCACUUCCCCAGCAAGGAGCCCAGCUUUGCGUCCCUCGUCACGGACGCCUACAAGAGGCACUCCAAGGUGAAAGAAGCAACCUUGGAACAAGUUGUUAAAUUUUGCCAGGCAGAAUUCAUAGCCAGUCGUAUGCAAGCAAAAUCAAAAGUUUUGUCAUCAGGAGAGCCUGCAGCUCCAGUAUCGUCGGCACCUGUAGGAGCUACGAGUGCUGUACCGUCGCAGAUGCAACAGCUGCAUGUUCAGUCACAACUGCAGCAACAACAACCGCCACCGCCGCCACCACAACCACCCCCACCCCCACCACAGCAGCAGCAGCAACAGCAACAAAAACAACAACAACAACCCCAGCAGCAGCAACAGCAGCAGCAACUACCCACACCACAGCAGCAACCUCCGCUGCAGAAGAAACCGCCCGUGCCUGCAGCCUCAGUUGCUCCUGUGGCCCCAGCAGGCUCGACAAGUGUGACCCAGGCUCAGCCGGUGAAGACGCGAGGCCGCCCCGCCAAUGCCAGCCGAGCGGGUAAAGCCGCGGUGGGCGGCUGGGGCGUGGGCUCUCUGCCAUCGUUCCCGCCCGCCAUGUCUGCGAUGUACCCGUACCUUUUCGGUGACAGCAGCGUGCUACCACCGGCGAUGCGCGGCGGCAAUCUCCCCAGCGUGGAGCAGCAGUUGGCUGCCCUGAAUCUCAUGAGCCUCCACGCGCAGCUGGGCAGCUAUCAGGCCGAGUUCCUCCGGCACUUUGCGUCGCCGUCCGGCCCCUCGCCGUCGCUGCUGGCCAGCCUCGCCACGCACGGGCUGCCGGCCCUCGGCUUCCCCCCCUUCGGCUCCUCCUCCGCGCCCACGGGCUCCUCCCAGCAGAAGCUGCACGCAAGCCCGGUGAAAGACAAGCAGAGCGCUUCCUCCUCUAAAGUGUUACUUAGUAAACUCCCACCGGCAGGUUCGAAACUACCUGCCACGACUAAGGCUUCUCCUCCUGUCGCCACGAAAGUAACUCCGCCCACCGUCUCGAAAGCAGCAACGGCUGUGGUUUCAAAAAUAGCAUCCCCCACCGUGCCGAAGAUAACACCAUCCACUGCUGUCUCGAAGGUGACGCCUCCCGCGGUGUCGAAAGUGAUGCCACCUGCGGCCCCGAAAAUUCAGCCGGCUGCAGUGCUGCCAAAAGUUUUGGCGAAGGACGCUGUGAAAAGUUCUGGUCCAUCGCUGCAACAGAAACUUCAAGCGACGUCGCAGGCGUUUAGCGAAGCGCUGGCUCGCUCUGCGGCUUCUUCAAGCAGUUCCUCGGGGAAGAGUCACUUGAAGUAUUCGUCGCCUUCGUCUCCCGUGCUGACUAGUAACGCUGGCAGCAAGCAGAAGUCCAAAACAGAGUCCGCCGUCUCUUUCACUGCUACGACAGCUGCACUUGAAAAGAGUUCUACUACCUCAAAAUUGAUCAGCUUUAGGAAACAGUCAUCUCAAAAAAUCAGCAAUGGAAGUGGGAAAGAGCUUAAGGAUCUUCUGGGGUCAAUCCCACUGCCAAGAAUUCCUACUGAUUUUACUAAGGUUUCAUCUUUAUUACAGAAUAUUGAAGGUGUGUCCAAGAACACAGAAGAGAGUGUCAAGUUGGGUCAUGUAUCUUCUAAACCAAAGGAAAUUGGUCACAAUCCCAAAGUACCUAGCAUGUUAGCUCCAACGUACAAGAGCAGUACCAACGUUUCUGUCGUAGAUCUGAGUCCGGUGAAGAGUAGUCAGGGAAGUGUGUCGUUGAAGAACUUGGGACAUGAAAUAACUGUUAGCUCGUCCAGCACUUCGGUUCUGAAGAGAGCUGCAAAACCAGCCGCGUCUCAGCUUGAAAUACUUAAAAAACCCAAGAUGUCUUCGCCACUCGGGUCGCUGUCGAUUCCGUCUUCGAUCACCAUCACUCCGAAACAAGCGGACGGCCCAGCGGGGCCGCGGGACAUUCCCUUGAGCGUGCGGAUGAAAGACUGUGUGUCUAUAACGGAAGUGGUGAGAGGAAGAAGUUCGGGCACGGUCGUCAGGAAAAUUCAACCGGACAGUGACGUCGUCGCUCCGAAGGAGGACAAGAAAGGCGCUGAAAACGUGGAAGUAAUAACACUCGACUGAUAUAAAAAUCUUCAUCAUGCACUGCAGCAUUAGCGCUUUGUACUGGUGAAGAUUUGAAGGCAGGGUAAUCUUUACUUGCCGUGUUUUUUAUAUGAAUAUAACAUGAAGCAGUUUGUAUUAUAUUCUAUUCAAUGCUUAGAACUUAUAACAGUUAGAGCAGAGUAUAAUCUCAUAGUUUUAAUGUUAUAAAUGCAUAAUCACAUUGAGUGAAUUUUAUAUCAUAUCAUAGUAUUUAACAUGGGGGAUUGAUCGUGAUCAAAUCCAAUCAUUCCUAAUAGAAUUUAUUUGUGAGUAUUUAUGUAAUCAUGUAAGUUGGAUGUAUCAGUGGUAAGGCCUGUGCGAAUAAAGGUUGUAGAUCAAAUUGAAUUUGAAUACAAAUAUCAAAAUAUUUGUAAAUACAAAAUAAAAUUUAAAUAUGUAAUAGUUAGUUUUUUUUUAGUCACUUUUUUAGACUCAUAUACACGAUUAUAAAAUAAGUACCGUAUUUACUCAUAAAUGAGUCGUCCCUUUGUAUGGUUCGCAUCCUUAAUUUUGGGCCAAAAAAUCCGCCCUUGAGUAUAAGUUGUACCAUAAAUCUGUCUCCAGUAGAAUGCAAGUGAAGUCUUGAUGGUCCGUAUCCCUGCUUAUUGCCCUGUAAGAAACACAUGACAAUCCCCUCUCCAUCCUUUAUGGCUCAUCCCCCCCUUCCCCCUCGACUAAACACUAACAAAAAAAUACAAAGGAAAAGUGUUUCAGAGAAUAAGACAGCCGUUCUUGAAUAAUAUCAAGCACGCUCUUUACAGCAGUUGUGUAAUGAAUGAAAUGUUGCAGUAGAGAAAGCAUAGGAAAUCUCAUACAAAAACAAUGUUUGGGACACAAUUGCAUCACAAAAACCUGUCGAGAUAGAAACAUGAUGUUUGAGUUCAGUGCCAGUUCACGGACAUUUAAUGGCCACUCACUCACACAAACGCGCAUACUCCCUUACUCCCUUGCCCGCUUUAUAGUUCUCUCAAAUUUUGCCAAUUUUUUUCAAUGAAAUACAGUCAACUUCUAACUUAAGUAAAUGCUUUCCACCAUUAUUUAGGAAAGUGGCAUCUCUUUAUACUUACCGCCCAAAGAAUCAUUUGUUGAUGUUUGUAAGUACUAAGUGUAGACUGUAUUAUUUAUUUAAUAGGUUUUUUUUUUGUAAGCUGUGAAUAUAUGUUCAUUGAUUUGUUUAUCAAAUGUUUUAUACUAUUUUGAAAAUUAUAUUGUAACAUGACCUGUAUUCAUGGCAUUGAACUAGCGUUAAGUCUCAAAAUUUGUGAUACUUCUGAGGUGUGAACAAAAUUUUAAUAUGUGGGUUGAAAUAUUGUCAUAAAAUUCUUUACACAUUAAUGUUUUGGAAUGAAUUGAAGAAAACUUAUUAAAAUCAUGAAUGUGUGAUAAAGUAAACAAAGCUGGAGAUACACGAUAAUCAAGCAAAAAAAUUUUCAUGUUGCUGAAUCUUGUGGUUAAGUAUUGUGAAUUGUAAUUCUUGCAUAAAACAAGUUGUAUAAUACAA